AUGUGUUUAUCACUGCUCAUUGCAAGAUCACCAGCACCACCAGUCAGGACGGUAUCAAAGGUUCAACCAGAAUCGUCAAGCUCGAGAGUGAAACUAAAAACUCCUGAACCCAAUAAGCUCUCGUUAGCUCACAACAAUGAUCCUCAUCCGACCAACGAUCCAAGCACUUCGUCCCUAGGCGAAGUCGCAGACAAGCUCCUACCUCCCACCCGUCUUUCUCCCUCUAAUACAUGUGAGCCUGGGGAUUAUAUCACUUAUUGGAGAAAACGAGCCUUCGACUACAAAGAUCGCUUUAUCGACCAAAAGUCGAGAUGCGACAUUUUGGAGGAUUAUAAGAGGAAGAGGGACGCCGAAGACUCUCAGGGGUCAGGGGCUGACGUUCAUCGAUUGUUCAGACAAAGGGAAGAACAGAUUGACAGAGAACGAGAGGAAUGGCAAGGUGAGAUCAAAGCUCUCAAGGAGGAUCUAGCAAAGAAGACAGAAACGCUAGAACUCGCACAGGCAAGCCAAGAAGCUUCCGAAAGACAACUUAUUCUUGAAGUCGCUGUCAAUAAGACACUCACUAAAGAGAGACACGAUUUGCAAAGUAUAAACAUUGGAUUGGGAUUAGCAAAAAGUCAGGCCGAAUCAGCAUACGAGAGAUAUCAGUCUCAAACUAAAAAUGAAUUAUCAAAACUCGAUGAAAAGAUCAAAGAGCUGGCUCGAGAAGAGCUUGAGACAAGUCAAAAGGAGUAUGAACGUUUGGAAUCAAUUCAUGAAAAGGUUUACGAGCUCAUGGGGAGUAGAAAGUAA